GGCGUUAAAUGGACUAUAGCGUGUUUCACGUGCGAUAGGCUUUAGAUGACAACUCAUUCAUAAAAAUAAAAAGAAUUUAUGUUCACCUAAUUACUAUACAGGACUUGAAAUAUUUAUAAAUUCUAUAAAUAUUAAAUAAGUUAAAUAUAUUCCUUUAGAAUAUAUUCUCCAUAUGUUCUUUUUUAUGCACAGUGAUACGCUUCAUAAAAUGCCAUAUGAUUAGCCGCGAUUGCGAUUGAUACGCUCAAAUUGAUGCUUUAAUUGUGUUGUAACUGGCAGGACUUUGGACCUUCAUCGUCACAGAUUAGGAAGCUCUACUUUUUUCAGUCAUAGGUGAGAGGAAAGGACACAAACUUCUGCACAAAAAUGUUUUCUACCUACGUCAGGACGUUACGGGCCACUAGUAAAUUCGGCUCGUUAGCGCGUUACGAAUCUACUUUGGUUAUUGCCGAACAUAACAAUGAAAACCUGUUGCCAAUCACCUGCAACACGUUAACAGCCGCUAAAAAAAUUGGCGGCGACGUCACCGUACUAGUGGCUGGCACAAAAUGCGAAGCUGUUGCGCAGAAUGCGUGCAAGGCUAAAGGCGUAUCAAAGGUCCUCCUUGCAGAUAGUGAUGCAUUUAAGGGAUUUACUGCGGAGUCACUGACGCCACUUAUUCUUAAGUUGUGCAGCGAGCACAAGUUUACUCACAUACUGGCUGGUGCAAGCGCAUUUGGCAAAGCAUUGCUUCCCAGAGUUGCUGCAAAGUUGGAUGUAUCCCCAGUAAGCGACAUUAUCGACAUAAAAGCUUCUGAUACCUUCGUGCGCACCAUAUACGCUGGUAACGCCAUUCAAACUCUUAAGUCUAAGGAUAAGGUGAAGGUUGUAUCUGUGAGAGGUACUUCCUUUGAGUUGCUGCCCUUGGAAGGUGGAGACUCUAAAUGCGAAAGUAUUUCUGCCGGUGAUAACACCUCGAAUCAAGUGGAAUUUGUUAAACAAGAGCUCAGCAAAUCUGAUAGACCAGAACUGACGUCUGCCAAAGUUGUAAUUUCCGGCGGACGUGGAAUGAAAUCUGGAGAAAACUUCCAAUUACUGUACACGUUGGCGGACAAGCUUAACGCGGCAGUAGGAGCAUCUCGCGCUGCGGUUGACGCAGGCUUUGUGCCAAAUGAUAUGCAAGUAGGACAAACUGGAAAAAUUGUUGCGCCUAAUCUGUACAUAGCAGUUGGAAUUUCUGGAGCAAUUCAGCAUCUCGCUGGUAUGAAGGAUUCUAAGACAAUUGUAGCUAUUAACAAGGAUCCAGAAGCUCCCAUUUUUCAAGUAGCAGAUUAUGGCUUAGUUGCAGACUUAUUUAAGGCUGUACCCGAGCUAACGGAAAAGUUGUAAAUUACAAACAACUCUCGUGUAAACAUACGUAUUUGAAAUAAUUAUUUUUGUUACUAUAUUGUAUUAUAAUGUAGGAAUACUAGAUUAAAAUUUUUAUGACAGUUUUAACAAAAA